AAUAGUAUACAAUCUCACAGACUCUUUCACAUCUCACAGAUGGAAGAAGUAGAUAAAAAAGAAAAAUAUUUUCUUUCAACAUCAUGGGCUCAAACUUUAUUCACGGUUACACCAAGGGAAGAUGUUGAAAAUGUUAUGCUUAAACACAAAGAUGUCGAACUUCGAGAAAUCAAGAGCACGAGCAAAAUUUCAGCAAAUGUUGAAGAUUUUUUCGAAAAGGACAUGAGCGAGGAGGAGUUUGUUUUUCGUUCACCUCUGCUCAUUAAGCAUUUGAUUAACGUCAAGGAACUAGAACAAGAAUCCACUAGAGAUGCAGAGAAUCAAACGUUUCUUCAGGGUGUCCCCAUAGUGGGUAUACCAAUCGAAUAUAAGCAUGAAGCAUCACAAACGAUGUACAUGAGUAGCCCUUGUCCGCCUGCGAAAUAUUUUGAACACAUAAGUAAUCAAAUGAGCAGUCUGGAGAUAAAGUUAAAUUUAAAAUUCAGAUUUUUUUCAGUUUCCAUCAGUACCAGUCCGAUGCCUGUAUUCAAGAACAAUUAUUCGAGUCAGACCAUGAUAACAAUUGCCCCUGGAAAAUCGCAGCAUGAAGCAGUGAACUAUUUAUCGCGUACGUACGAAAAUGAUGAAAAAAAUCUCUAUUCGAGAAAUAUCAUAGAUGAUGAAGAAACAAUAAUUCUCGAAGUUCUAAAUUUCCUGCUGUCGCGCGCAUUUUGGAUAUCUGAUCCCGUUCAAGAUCAGAUCUCCGUUGAAACGACGUGUCAAGAAACGCAAACCGCAUUACGAUAUAAUCGCAACACCGACAGUAUCGUGUUGGACAAUGAAACUCAAACUAAGUUGACUUGCAAGCCUAAGCACUCGAACAGCAAAUUAUUGGCCGAAUAUGAAGAAACAAGGAGCUUCGUGCAAAGCUGUCUUCAGGAAUGCUUUAGAAGGAUCGGGUCUCGGAUUAUAAUCGACGAUCUGAUCGACGAAAUAAUCGUGAAAGGAGCGAAUAGACUCAAGUACCCAAUGACAGAUCGAUUGAUUCAAACUGUGGCCAGUUAUAAGUCUCCUGAUCUCACGGAAGAAGACGUGCUACGGAAAUUGAAGAUACCUGUGAUAAUUGACCCCUUCGAAGCGUCGAUCGUCGUCCUGCCACUAAUGGAUUAUCUAUUGCGUUCGACUUGCGACAAGAUAUCUCGUGAUGCACAAAGCAUUGUAAAGAAUAUCCUAAACUCAUUGGUGCAACAGACAGUCUCGAUUGCAUUCAAAAUUCGAAAACAACCCGAUUCCAUUGAGCAAAAACUCGACCGAAGAAGAAAGAAGAUCGUCGAGUCUAUGCUAAAGAAGGCAACGAAGACUGUUGCUACUCAGACGGGACUCGCUGGAGUACCUGAAGUUGCGAGGAUCAAGGAAUCUAAAGAGAUUUUAUGCUCAGUUUGCGCCAGGGAAUCGAUAUGUCAUUGGUGCGUAGCGGCUCAAAAAGAGGAAGACUUGCCGGUCCCGAGUACGAAAUUACUCCGUACGCAGGAUAUCCUGCUGUCAUACAAUCCUUGCUACGUCGUCGCGACAGCUUCGGAGAGAGCGAAGAAUCCGCAUCUGCAACCAGCCUGCUUGAUGACGAGAGAGAUUGAGAGACUGACCACUACUCAAUCGUCCUCAUCGCUUGUAACACCCGAAGAAACGGGCGAUGUUGUUAAUAAGGCUAUUAACGUUCUCAUGACUCCGAAAAAAGACAUCCAAACUCGAGAUUCUAUCAGUGAAUGGACCCGUAUCAUCGAUAGUACAUUAGCGAAAUCAUGGUCGCUCAAAGAGUCUGCUAGUAACACAACUACUGUUAGCAUCGCAAUAAGAGCAUUGCAGAUAUUGAAGAGCACGUUUUGCACUCGCGAUAACUUGAACGAUGAAUAUAUAGCUUGCAAUGUAGACGAUUGCACGUUGCUGAACCUAGAUCAACGUUGUAGGCGGUCUAUUAAUAAUAGUCAGAUUUGUGCUAGGCCACGAGUAGAUAAAUUUAGAGCCACUCCUACCCGACCUUUAUCGGAAUUUCGAGGACAAAUAUAAUAGUGAAAAUUGGGUAAAUUAAUCUUUUUGCAUCAAAGCAUUAUUAAUAGCUUUUUGCUGGUUUUAAAAUAAGAAAAAAAAAGAUAUAGAAAUCAUAUAAAUUCUUAUUGAAAAUGCAGGUAAUAUACGAGUAUAAAAAUGUGAGUGCAAUUGUAUCAAAUUGAUAAAAACGUUUAUUUCUUUUUGUUUAUUAAUAUAAAAUCAUUUUAAGAACACAAGAUAAAAGCUCUUCUUGAUCUAAUAAAUAAUAAUAAAUUUGACUAUAUUUUUGUGAAGACACAUGAAUUUCUUUAUUUUCAUAUAAUGAGAAAUCGCACAAAAAAUAUAUGAUUCGAUUAUUUGUUAUACACGUACGAUAAUUUGCUACGAUGCGCAGUAUGUGAAAUCCGUAAAACAAAUGCUGAUUUAAUUAAUAAACACAUAUUAAAAUGUGUUUAUGAAUAACGUAUACAACUCGACAAUUAAUAACGUUAUGACAUAUAUGAGCACAAUUUGUUUAUUUUAAAACAGCGAGUUGUAUCUUUAUGUAUUUUUUUUCUUUAUGAUUGUUACGCGCGUAAUAUUAUUGCUAAACACUUGUUUACACUGAUUUUUAACGUAACUAUUUGCGUAGUAACAUUAUAUUAUUAACAAAACAACAAAUAUUAUGUCGAAAUAGUUUGAUUUGAACGAUGAUCGUCUUUUUCAAAUGUAGGAACGACACAUUUACUAUUUUCCAUUUUUUGCUAUAAUAAAACGUGCAUCUGCACGUUUCAUACAUUUGUGUACAUUUCUUCAUGAUCUACAAACGUAAUGUAUUUCUUUUUCGCUUAUUUACGAAUGCGAUGUUUUUAUCAGGAUAGACGAGUCGAUUUUAAAAUUUCCAGUUGUUCUUUGGAUGGACAAGAAAAAAAUUCUUACGAAUGGAAAUUAGAGAGAAUAAACUACUUUUAUCACCGCAACCAUGACCUUUUGGGAUUCGAGCAUUCGUGAAAGACGAAAGAAUUAUACAAGUAUUUCUCGUUAUACAUUAAUGGGACAUCCAAGGAAUUAUUGCGUAAAAGCAAGAUCCCAUAAUGCGAUUAAUUUAUUCGAGAUGUUCUCGAAUAAAUUAGGGUAUUAGAUGAUCUGCGGAUCACUGAUCGCAAUUAAACUGGAAAUCGGUGUGUGCGUAAAUCACUGCGAAUAAAUAUGUAUCACAGUUAUAUAUGAAAUCGACUCGCGCAAAGCUUCAUUGUGUAUAAUGAGAAAUAUACACGAUUUAUAUA